CCAAAAAAAUGAAAAGAAAAGAAAAGAAAAACACUCUCAAGUACUACUCAAUAAACUCUCACACUCUCUCCCACUGAACCAAUAAUCCCUCUCUUUUUCUCUUUUUUUCACAGAUCCAGCUGUUUCUUCCUCUAUUCUACUCUCCCCCUCCCUACCUAUCUUUCUUUCUUUCUCUGUAUUUGUGUCUUACUCUAUUUUAUACUUCACUCUUCUCCAACCUCUCAGAACAAAAAGUCCUUUUUUUCCUUUUUCUUUUUCACAUAGUAGAGUGUGAAAGAGGGUUUAUCUCCAUUUCUGAAACUUAGAUUCAUCACUUAUAAGGGUUUUACAACCACUAAACCUCUUCAAGUUCACAUUUUUAUGCUGUUUUUCAUACUGGGGCAAGUUUAUUUUCACAAAAUGAGGUGUGUUUUUUAAUGGGUUUUUGAAUUUGUUUGUUUGGUUCAACAAUGGAAGAAAUACAGUCUCAAUCGGAUAAUUAUAGAUCAUCAUCUUCAUCAGCAAGUAGUCCAAAUAACCAUAAUAACAGGUUAAUACCAACAAAUAACAAUCUAUUUUACUUGAGAAAAUCUGGGUUAUUGAGACAACCUAUUUCAUUUGAAGAUUCACCAGAAUGGGAAGAUACUGAAAUAGAUGAUAUUGAAGGAGGAUUAGGAGGUGGAAAUGAUUCUAUUAAUGUUGUUACUACUACUGCUUCUGUUUCACCUGCACUGUCUAAGCUGAAUAGUGGCUCUUUACCUUCAGUAUCAAUACCAGAAACUUCUGUUGCUGUUAGAAAAAUUGCAGGGGUUUCUGUUGUUUGGAAAGAUUUGACUGUUACUAUUAAGGGGAAGAGGAAGUAUUCUGAUAAAGUUGUUAAGAGUUCUAAUGGGUAUGCUUUACCUGGUACACUUACUGUUAUUAUGGGGCCUGCUAAAUCUGGGAAAUCAACAUUGUUAAGAGCAAUUGCAGGGAGAUUGGGUGAUUCGGCUAGAAUGUAUGGCGAGGUGUUUGUGAAUGGGGCGAAAUCGAGCUUGCCGUAUGGGUCCUAUGGGUAUGUUGACAGGGAAUCCACGCUAAUUGGUUCCCUCACUGUACGGGAGAUGUUAUACUACUCGGCGCUUCUACAACUUCCUGGCUUCUUUUCUCAGAAGAAGAGCUUAGUGGAAGAUGCUAUCCAUGCUAUGUCGUUAGGUGAUUAUGCGGACAAACUGAUUGGCGGGCAUUGUUUUAUGAAGGGUCUUCCAAGUGGUGAGAGGAGGCGUAUCAGUAUAGCCAGGGAACUUGUGAUGAGGCCUCAAGUCUUAUUUAUAGAUGAACCUCUUUAUCAUCUUGACAGUGUAUCUGCACUUCUCAUGAUGGUGACCUUAAAGAAACUUGCGAGCACUGGAUGUACUAUUAUAUUCACAAUGUAUCAGAGCAGUACAGAAGUAUUUGGCCUCUUUGACCGUAUUUGUUUGCUUUCCAACGGGAAUACACUGUUUUUCGGAGAAACCUUGGCUUGCCUGCAGCACUUCUCUAAUGCUGGAUUUCCUUGCCCAAUUAUGCAAAGUCCAUCUGAUCACUUUCUGCGUGCAAUUAAUACGGACUUUGAUCGAAUCAUUGCCAUGUGUAAAAAUUGGCAGGAUGACCAAGGUGAUUUUUCAUCAGUCAAUAUGGACACUGCUGUUGCAAUACGUACCCUUGAAGCAACAUAUCGAUCGAAUGAUGCUGCUGAAGUUGAGUCUAUGAUACAAAGACUCACUGACAAGGAAGGCCCACUUCUGAAAAGCAGAGGCAAGGCGAGUGGUGCUACACGGACUGCAGUUUUGACAUGGAGGUCAUUAUUAAUUAUGUCGAGGGAAUGGAAAUAUUUCUGGCUCCGGCUUAUUCUUUGCAUGUUCUUUUCACUAUGUGUUGGUACGAUAUUUGCCAAUCUGGGGCAUUCCUUGUCAUCUGUUGUGGUGAGAGUUGCUGCGGUGUUUGUGUUUGUAUCAUUUACGUCACUGCUAAGUGUUGCCGGAUUGCCUGCUAUGAUAAAAGAAAUUAAGAUAUAUAUACAUGAGCAAUCUAAUGAGCAUUCAGGAACAUUGGUUUUCCUGCUUGGGAACCUGUUUUCCAGCAUCCCCUUCUUGUUCCUAAUCUCGAUCUCCUCUAGCCUCGUCUUCUAUUUCCUUGUCGGUUUGCGGGAUGAGUUCAGCUUGUUGAUGUACUUUGUGUUGAAUGUUUUCACGUGUCUCUUGGUGAACGAAGGACUCAUGCUGGUUGUUGCAACUAUUUGGCAAGAUAUAUUCUGGAGCAUUUUGACUGUGAUCUCCGUACAGGUAUUAAUGAUGCUUGUUGCUGGCUACUUCAGAGUUCGGGAGACAUUGCCUAGAGCUGUAUGGACAUACCCGAUGUCCUAUAUUGCUUUCCACACUUAUGCAGUCCAGGGUCUUCUGGAGAAUGAAUACGUUGGGAUUUCAUUUCCUCUGGGGCAAGUAAGGACCAUUUCUGGGCUCCAAGCAAUUCGCAGUGCGUAUAACAUCUCACCUGAUGGUAAUGCGAAGUGGGGAAAUCUGCUGGUGUUAUUUCUUAUGGCGGUUGGUUAUAGAGUCAUCCUGUUCAUUUUGCUAUUAUUUCGUGUGAGGAAGAACAUCAGCAUCUGUAGGUUAUUUGGGUGUCAGAAGAACACAACAAUCUGAAUUGUAACCUCAUGUUAUUACAUCUUAGAUAUGUGUAGAUCUCUAGGCAAGAAUUAAUAAAAUAAAAAGAGGUAAUUUGCAUUACUUCCCCUCG